AUGGACAAACAACCUCGACUGCCCCCAACCUUCCGCAGCUUGUAUCGUCUAUUUCUGCGCACAGCAUCCGCUACCGUGCUUCACCACAGACAAGCUAGGAGAAAUCUUCGACAACGUUGGCGACCUGUUUUCGACGCAGGGGCGAAAGUGAGUCGAGAGCUUCAAAAUGCACCAACAGACGCGUCAGAGUCAUGGAUAAAGGGACGCGAGGACUGGCUUAGGGUUUGGAACAAGCGCAUGGAUAAUACACUUUCCUUUUUAUAUACGGCGUCUCAGUCCCGCGGUCAACCCCACAAAGUGACCCGCAAUCUUGCUUUCAUGGUUGGCAACGAAAGGGAGCGUUUGAUAUCAAAGUACGCGCGCAUGCACAAGUGGGACCCAGUAUCACCCAAGGUCGUAAAGCCAAAGCUAAUUGAAGAGUCAAAAAAGGCCGAGCAGUUCCAGAAUAACGCAAAACUGGCUUUCGACGAGGUUGUUCGAUUUGCUGAGGCUAGUGGCGGUGGAAUGACACUAGGAACAACAGAGUUCCCCUUGGUGCGCCUUUUCCGCUCGUACAAACCCAACAAUGGUUGA